GUUGGUUUAGCCUUCGGGAUUAAGCUUGCCCUUCACUUUCCCCAUAUCUCAAACCAGACUAACUCGAAAUACAAGGCAGAGGUUGACGAGCUUGCUUAACGAUGUGGCCAUUCAAGAGGUCCAAUGCGGGCCUGAUCCGCGAGCAUAUCAAAGACCGGGACUUUCUCCUUGCGCACCCCGACGGUGUGUCCUUCGAAGCGACAACUGCCGCUGCGUCGAAAGAGGAGCUGGACAUCAUCAAGUGUGAUAUCCACGGCAUCGUCGCGGGCAUCAAGGAGCGCAAGUGGACCUCGACCGAUGUAGUCAAGGCCUUCAUCGGGGCCUCCAAGCGAGCCCAGGCGGCCACCAACUGCCUGACCGAGGUCAACUUCCCCGCAGCCCUCCAGAGGGCCUCUGAGCUGGACGCCGCCUUUGAGAAAACGGGGCAGCUCGUGGGCGAGCUGCACGGUGUGCCCUUCUCGCUCAAGGACCAAUACUUCCUCGCUGGCAAGAAAUCCUCGAUCGGAUAUUCAGAAUGGCUCAAGAGCGAGCCACAGACGACGGACUGUGCGCUUGCCCGCGUCGUGAUGGAAAAGGGCGCAAUUUGCCUGGUCAAGACCAAUGUGCCGCAGUCGCUCAUCUCCUUCGAGAGCCGCAAUCCAGUCUUUGGGCAGACGUGCAACCCUUACAACCCCGCAUACAUUUCCGGAGGAUCCUCCGGUGGCGAGGCAGCCCUGUUGGCCUGCGACGGCGUCGCCUUUGGCUUUGGCUCCGACAUUGCCGGCAGCCUGCGCAUUCCCACGUCCCACUGCGGCAUUUACGCCCUCAAACCUACCGCCGGCCGAGGCUUUCCCCUCAAAGGAAGCGUCGAGGCCAACCCCGGCUUCGAGGCCGUCAGAGUCGUAUCUGGGCCCAUGUGUCGAAGCUCAAAGGACCUCGAGCUUCUCGUUCGUAUCUUCUACGAGUCCCUCUACCCACCGCCGGACAGCGUCGUGACGCAGGCAGAGGUGCAGAAGCGAUUUGGAAAUGAGUCGCUCCUCUACUCUCCCCUUCGUCCGGCCUGGCUGCAGCCCCUCGAGGCAGCCAAGAGCAGGAGCCCGCUGCGAAGGACGCUGCGAGUCGGCUACUACUACUCAGACGGCUUCAUCCGAACGAGCCCAGCGGCUGUGAGAUGCGUCGACGUGGCCAAGGCUGCUCUGGAGAGCCUCAACGGCACUGAUGGCGACAAGGGAUCAAAGGCAGUCGAGUUGGUGCCCAUUGAAAGCCGCCGUCUGCGAGGUGACCUCGUCAGCAGAAUCUUCCUUGGUCUAUCGUCGGCUGACGGUUUCAGCAAUCUGCGAAAACCCAUGGGCCCCGACGCCAUGGAUAUCUCUCUUUGGCUCAUCAUGCUGCCUUCGCUCUCGCCCAUGCUCAGGCGCAUCGCCUACUUUGUCGCCCGGUUCUUGCUUCGUGACAGGCGACUUGCUGAGGUCAUCGGCGUGGCCGGUAAGAAAUGGACGACAAAGUUCCUCGACAUCAACGCAGAAAAGAAGCGAUAUGCGGCCGAAUUCGAGCGCGAUGUCUGGCAGGCACAAGAUCUCGACGCCAUCAUUUCUCCCACGAUGGGCGUGCCCGCAAUGAAGCACUACGCUCCUGCCCAGCUCAGCAUGGUGGCCAGCGCUACAAUCUUGUACAACAUCAUCGACGCGCCCGUGUCUAUCGUCCCCGUCACACGCGUCAAUGCAGAGCUGGACUCCACGCUUCCUAGCAGCCGCGGCUACAACAAAUGGACUAAGACGCCGGGCUUCUCGACAUGUUCGCCGACUGUCUCCUGGCGGCUUUACGGCCGCGUGCGCGAUGGAAAGGGAGGACAGUACGACGCAAAGGCCAUGCAUGGCCUGCCGCUCGGCAUCCAAAUCGCGGCAAGGCACGGCGAAGACGAGUUGACGAUCGGCUUGGCGCGCCUGCUCGAAGACAAGCUCCGCGAAGAUCCUCAGUACGGCUUCGGGCCCGGUCAGUGGUCGUCGCAGAACGGACGAAGCUGAGCCCAGCAUCCGCGGUCUAAGGCCCGUCGCCGCUUCCGUGUCAACCGUCUAUGGCAGGUCCGGCGAAAAUACCGACCGAACUUUUGAGCAUGACAGAAAUGCGAAUGUCAAUUUUGGCCGGAAGAGUGUUUAACACUACACUACUACACUAGCUAGUGCUAGGCUUGAAGCCGGUGUUCUCUUGUCCAUGACAGACGGGGCCGCCAAAGAAGAGCCUAGGCCUGCAUUGACGAUCGCUGAGUAGAGCAACAGUACGAAAGUGUUCGUUGUGUAGUAUUAAGGUAGCAUUGUAGUUGUCCAUGAAAUGCGCUAGAACAAAGGACGGUUAGUCUCCAAUUAACGGG